CCCCGUCGGCCAGUGGCUCUGUCCUGGGUCGAGGUUCGGCAGAGACCGCGGGGCUCAGAGGGGCCCUGUGACCCUCUGGCUCUAGGAUGGGCAAUGCCGUGGAGAGACAGAAGCCCCUGAAGCGAGGCCCUCUGCACCCCUGGAAACAAGACUCCCAGCGCUCUCACCUCUCCUCCUUCACCAUGAAGCUGAUGGACAAAUUCCACUCGCCCAAAAUCAAGAGAACGCCGUCCAAGAAGGGAAAGCCGGCCGAGGUGUCCGUGAAGGUUCCGGAGAAGCCCGCAAACAAAGAGGCAACAGACAGAUUUCUACCAGAGGGCUGCCCUUUCCCCUUGGAUCAGGAGCAGCGGGCAGUGGGAUUUAUGUCCACCAGUGCUGUGGCUUCCGGGUCUCAAAGGCAGAAGCGUCCCGGCGUGGCUCUGGCGCAGCCUGGCGUUCGUCCGGGCGCGGCUGUGGCCGUCCCGACGCAGCGCGCAGUCCGAGGGGUCUGGGUGACAGGUCGGGGUCUCUGCGGGCCCCCGUCCUUGGCGCGCCCGGCGCUCCGCGAGGAGGUCGGGGCCCUUCCUGGGGUCGCCUUGGGGGCUGUGUGGGCCCCGCGGGUCCCGGGGAGGGGCCCUCACCUGCUGCGGCCAGCCGCUGGCUCCUCGAGCUGCCGCGACCCCCCGAGACGCCCUAGACGAGAGGGCGCCUGGGCGUGCGGCUGCAAGCCGUCGGCGAGAUCCAGGCCGCGCUCCGCGCCCUCCCGGGAGACAGAGACGGAGGCCCGAGGGCACCGGGCGCUUGGCCAGAGCCGCGCAGAAAUGGCGCUGGCGAGGCCGGGUCGGGAAAGUGCCGCCGGCCGCGGUCGGACCCGGCGCCGAGCUUCCGUGUCUGGGAGCCGGGGUGCGGAUACCUCAGACUGGAGUGCGCUGCUACCGGGGUCGCCCCUGGGCUGGUUUGGCCGGCAGCGGCGGCACGGGGGCGUGCAGGUAGACGCACCUGCCUCGGGGGUGGUCAGCUGGGCAGCCUCGGCAAGCCCAGGCGUCCAGCCCAGUUCUAGCGCCCGCCGGUCGCAGUGCCUCGUGGAAGACCCUUCUGACCACUGA